AUGCAAACAAGUUCAACAACUGGGCGGCUUUUCCAGCGAGAUGGCUCUUUCUAUCUAACACAGGUCGACCCGACUGGCUCACCCCAAGACCAAGACACUUCUUCAACCCCUGGUUCUAACCAGCACUCAGCAGUAACCUCGUGCCAGACUCUCCUCAAACAAUCUCCCACUACGUCCACGGGUGUUUAUUGGAUCGAUCCUGACGAUGGAUCCCGGGCCAACGCUUUCAAAGCUUACUGUGACAUGGAUACUGAUGGAGGUGGCUGGACCCUUGUAUGGAGCUAUUCCUUCACUAACUACAGUCAUUUUAAAGAUGAUUCAAAUGCGGUCACUCCAAUACCAAAUUGGCUGGUUACGAAAAGGGUGAAUGUUCCUGUCUCCACAACUCCUCCAUUGAAUGAAACAGACUACAACGCCAUAAACUUCUCACUUUGGAAACAACUUGGCAGACAGGUCCUCAUCAAGAGCAACAUAAACAACUGGCUGGUGUGUCAGCCGGUAACUGGCAGCUUGGUUGAUUGGCAGAAUGGUGACGUCAACUGUAAAAUCACCAAAUACGUGGCUGACCGUAGUGAAUCAGCUUCGGCGCCUUCCAAGUUUUUAACUAACACCGACUAUGGACCAAUGUUCUAUUCGAGUAGGCGCUGGAACAGCACCUUUUACUAUUUUAAUAGUUACACGACCAAAAAUUGGCCUACCCAUGAUCCUCUGGGAAGAAAUAAGCCCAACCAAAAGAAAAAUGUUCUUGAUCCACAUGGUAACAUUUUUAUUCGAGCCAAGUAG